CGGAAAGUGCCGAAGCCCUUCCGGAAGGAGCCGAGCGGGCCGGCCGUUGCCGACGCACCCGCAGCGGCAGCAGCCUGGGCGGCCCCGCUCCGCUUCCCCCCGGGCCCGGCAGCAGCGAGCGACCGACCCGGCCCAGCGCCGGGACCCCGCACAGGCCGCGCCGAGCCCCGCCCCCCGGGCCCGCCCGGGCUCCCGGCCCGGCCCGCCCGGCAGGAUGAUCAAGCUGUUCUCGCUGAAGCAGCAGAAGAAGGAGGAGGAAUCGGCCGGAGGCACCAAGGGCAGCAGCAAGAAGGCGUCGGCCGCGCAGCUCCGCAUCCAGAAAGAUAUUAACGAACUGAAUUUGCCGAAAACAUGCGAAAUAGAUUUCUCCGACCAGGACGACCUCCUCAACUUCAAGCUAGUUAUCUGCCCUGACGAGGGUUUCUAUAAAGGGGGGAAGUUUGUCUUCAGUUUUAAGGUAGGCCAAGGCUACCCUCAUGACCCUCCCAAGGUGAAGUGUGAGACCAUGGUGUACCACCCCAACAUAGACCUAGAGGGCAACGUCUGCCUAAAUAUCCUCAGAGAGGACUGGAAACCCGUACUAACAAUAAACUCUAUAAUUUAUGGUCUGCAGUACCUCUUCUUGGAGCCAAACCCUGAAGACCCCCUGAACAAAGAGGCUGCCGAGGUCCUUCAAAACAACAGACGCCUGUUUGAGCAGAACGUGCAGCGCUCCAUGCGGGGCGGCUACAUCGGCUCCACCUACUUCGAGCGUUGCCUCAAAUAGAACUGACCAGCCGCCCCCACCCCUCCCACGAGGGACUCUGCCAACACCGCUGCCUUCAGCCACCGGGGGGCAUGGGAGCCUGGCACCGGCAGGGCCCCCCUCGCUGCUCACGGCCUCUGCCCCUGGCAGCCUUCCCCCCACUCCCACUGGAGGGGAGGUGGCUGCUGAGGGAUGGGGCAGGGCUUACAUUUGCAUCCCCUGCCCCACCCAUACAGCCCCCUCUUCCCUAUUGGUCGCUCUCCUGCUGGUUUCCCAGCACGCUCAGGCCCCGAGCAGAGCGCCCUCUAGCCGUGGCCCAGUGUGAGCGCACUGGCUCCUCCCCCUGGCUUCGCAGAGCACAUCUAUUUAUUAGGCGGGGGGCUGCAGCAGGGGUGUAGGGCAGGCCGGGGGUGCAUGCAGUCCUGCCGUGGGGGGGGCCGGGCCCGCCCCUCCCCUUUUACAUCCCUCUUGUGUCUGGUUUUUAAAAACAAAGCGCCCCACUUACAGCAAAGCGAAGGCUGAUUAUCCAAUGGGACUGGGCUGGAGGUGGGGCCGGGGCUGAUCGAACCCCGCCCCCUUCUGCCCCAGGCCUCACCCCCCCAAUGAACUGGUUCUUUGCCACGCUGGGGCCUCCUGCCAGCCCCGGGGCCAUGAAGCCACUGUACUCUAGCGUGUCGGGUUAUUAAAGGGGAAUGUUAGCGCACCUCACUGCC